AUGCCCAACCCCGCAGUACAGAACGACACUUCCCAUGAUGCCUUCGAGAAGGACUCGAAGGUAACCUUCGCGUACCAAGAGAAGCUGGAGAAGCUCCCGAUCCCACCGCUCGAAGAGACCUGUCAGAGAUAUCUGUCAGCCGUCAAGCCACUUCUCACAGCCCGUCAGUUCGCCGACACGGAAGGCGCGGUAAACGAGUUUCUGCACAACGAAGGGCCGGAAUUGCAAGAGGCAUUGCACGAGUACGCUUCUCAGAAGUCAAGCUAUAUCGAACAAUUCUGGUACGAUUCAUACCUCAACUACGACAAUCCCGUAGUUCUCAACCUCAAUCCCUUCUUCGUUCUUGAAGAUGAUCCUACGCCGAGCAGAAAUCACCAAGUACCCCGUGCAGCCUCUCUGGUAUCCAGCGCACUGUGCUUCGUGCGGGCUCUGCGGAGAGAGGAGCUUCCGCCCGAUCAAGUCCGCGGACAGCCUCUCGACAUGUACCAGUACACUCGCCUUUUCGGAACCAGUCGUAUCCCCACCGAGCAGGGUUGCAUCAUGCAAAGUGACAACACCAGUUCGCACAUCGUAGUAAUGUGUCGAUCUCAGUUCUAUUGGUUUGAUGUUCUCGACGAGAAUCACGACGUUAUUAUCUCUGAGAGCCAAUUGGCUUCAAAUUUUGAGGCCAUCAAGGCGGAUGCACAUGCCACACCUCAAUCUGACGCUGCAAAAGCAGCAGUCGGUGUACUGAGUACGGAGAAUCGCCGGGUAUGGGCGAGGCUCCGCAACACUUUCACCGAAGACAUUCAAAUCAACCCUGACGAACCGUCGAACAAGGAGUGUCUGAAGAUCCUGGACUCGUCUCUUUUCGUCGUCUGUUUGGACGAUAUCGCGCCGCAUACCGCAUCGGAGAUAUCCAGUAACUUCUUGUGCGGGACAAGUGAGAUCCGAGAUGGCGUACAGGUGGGUACUUGCACCAACAGGUGGUACGAUAAGUUGCAGAUCAUCGUUACGGAGAACGGGACUGCGGGUGUGAAUUUUGAGCAUACUGGAGUUGAUGGGCACACGGUUCUUCGCUUUGUGAGCGACAUUUACACGGAUACCAUCAUGAGAUACGCCAAGUCUAUCAAUCCUAGCGCACCUACCUUGUGGCCAACCAACAGCCCUGAUAUCUCCAAGAAGCAAUCUUUCUUCAACGGAGAGGAUGGUGACGGAGACAUUGACAUUACCCCAAGGAAGCUCGAAUGGACUUUGACAGGUGAACUCAGAACAGCCCUUCGGUUUGCCGAGACACGCCUCAGUGACUUGAUUCAGCAAAAUGAGGUCCAGACUCUGGAAUUCACGAGAUACGGAAGCAACUUCAUCAAGCGCAUGGGAUUCAGUCCGGAUGCCUUUGUUCAGAUGGCCUUCCAGGCAGCGUACUACGGGCUUUACGGGUCCACUGCAUGCACGUACGAACCUGCCAUGACCAAGGCUUUCUUGCACGGUCGUACUGAGGCGAUUCGCUCUGUUACCGACCAAUCAGUUGAGUUUACCCGCAAAUUCUGCGAGGAUUACCCAGCGGAAGAGAAGGUCAACGCACUUCGCAAGGCUUGUGAAAACCAUGUCAAACUCACAAGGACAUGCUCGGCUGGUCUCGGACAGGAUCGUCACCUCUAUGCGCUCUUCUGCAUCUGGAGGAGAAGGUUGAUGGGUAACGGCGGGGAUUCGGAUCCGACGGCAAACGGUGAGAAGGCAAACAACGAAAACCGUCCGACGUCUCCCGAUGACGACAUCAAGAGUGAAAGCAGUGGGACUGGUGGCUCUGGUAAUAGCGACGCGAUUCCUGCCAUCUUCAACGAUGUUGCUUGGGACAAACUCAACACUACUAUCAUCUCAAGUUCGAACUGCGGAAACCCAAGUUUGAGAUUAUUCGGCUUCGGUCCCGUCAGUGCCGAGGGUUUCGGUAUCGGCUACAUCAUCAAGGACAACUCCAUUUCCAUCUGUGCCAGUUCAAAGCAUCGCCAGACUAGUCGUUUCUUGGACACUUUGCAGAGCUAUCUUUUGGAAGUACGCGGUAUGCUCCGCCACAUGAAGGGUAUCGCGACGCCUGCGCCCUAUCUUGUCGUUCCAGGCAGCCAACUACCGGAGACGCCAGUUGCAGUACGGCCUUCCGUCCGUCGCUCCCGCUCCGGUUUCCGCUCGGGCAAGAUUGUACCGAUGAUUGAGAGUGCAAUUCGCGAAGAGGAAGAAGAGACGGCAGAUGAGAAUGGGUUCCUUGGUGGUUAUGGGUUCUUUGACAUGGGGUCAUUGGAAACACUACAAACGUCUCGAGCUGACCCAGAAGACGAGCUCACAGACAAAAAGGCAGCCACGAGGGCCAGAAGACGAAGCGAGAUCGGGCGACGUUUGCGUUUAGUGUUGGAGUGA